UCGGUGGCCUCGUCGUCGGCCGAGGAGGAGGCGGCGGGCGCCGUGGCGCUGGACCCGCUGGAGCACGCCUGGAUGCUCUCGGCGUCCGACGGGCGCUGGGAGAGCCUGGAGGGGCUGCUGAGCUGCGAGCCGGCGCUGCUCUGCAAGCGCGACUUCGUCACGGGCUUCACGGUGCUGCACUGGGCCGCCAAGCACGGGCGCCAGGAGCUGCUCGCCAUGCUGGUGAACUUCGCGCAGCGGCACCGGCUGCCCGUGGACAUCAACGCGCGCACGAGCGGCGGCUACACCGCGCUGCACCUGGCCGCCAUGCACGGGCGCACCGAGGUGGUGAAGCUGCUCGUGGGCGCCUACGACGCCGACGUGGACAUCCGCGACUACAGCGGGCGCAAGGCGGCCCAGUACCUGCGGCAGGGCACGCCGGGCGACAUGCGCAGCCUCGUGGGCGCCCUGGACGAGGACGAGGAGGACGAGGAGGAGGAAGGGGCCGCCGGCAACGGGAGCGGGCGGUGGAGGCUCUCCAAGGUGCUGCCCUCCAACCUCAUGAGCUACCGGCUCUCCCAUCACCACCACCACCACCACRGCACGGGGGAGGAGGCCGAGGGCGCCGAGGGGACUGCGGUGCCSGGCAAGGGCAAGGAGAUGACCAGGAAAGCCUCGGGCAGCGGGCGGAUGAAGCCYCGGCUUAACAAGAUCCGCUUCAGGACCCAGAUCAUCCACAACACGCCCUCCUUCCGUGGCGACACYGAGGACGACGAGCAGGAGGAGAAGCCCCUCAAAGCCUCCUUCAAGCUCAGGCCCAAGUCCAACGUGUUCGGCUGAGG